AGCAGGUGCGUUUUUUUGCCGUGGAUACAGAGAUUCCAGCAGGCAGAGAGGGCAGUGGUACUCAAACAGCAGAACCAAGCAGAAUCCUGACACUGGAUUGUCUUAGGACGUCUUUCUGUUUCAUCAUAUUUUGGCCAGUGUUGUAAUCAGUGUCUCCAUGUCAUCGCCGUGCCUCAGCACUGUUCUGACUCAUGCUAACCUAACCAUGUAUCAGACUGGUUUGCCAGAUGUGCUGCAACAGCAGACCACUAUGCUUUCCAGCGUCAGUCCUCUGCAAAUCAGCAAUCCAGCAUACAGUUCCAACAUAGGUGGUCAGGGGUACAGGCAGAUCAGCCCUAAUUACUGGACAGCAGAUCAUGUGUUGGAGUGGAUCAGUGACCAAGUAGAGAGCACCAAGUUCGAUGCAAACACCCUUAGUCUGGCAAACUGUGCCAUGGAUGGCUCCACCCUUUGCCAGAUGAACCGAGAACAGAUGAUUGGGAUCUUUGGUGUGCAGCUUGGCCCACACCUCUAUCAGAGUCUACAGGAACACAAGACCAAAAUGCCUGAGAUGCAGAUGUUAUCAGGACAAGAACUGAACGAGACCUGUCAGCUCUUGGACAACUUCUUGGACAACCUUGGACAAAACUUUCCUCUACUCAGCACAAUUAAAAUUGGUCAAGCUGAAGAAGCUGUCAACAAAAGAGAAUUUGACUAUCAGGAUGACUAUGAUCUGACUAGUCUGACCAUGGAACCAAUGACACCACUGAGAGACACUGGCUACCUGUCUGAUAAUCAUUCUGACAGCGAGUACAGCUCCUCCUCCAACACUGGCAUGUUUGGCUUUCCAAGCAUCGGUUCACCAGAGUCUGGCAGCAGUGAAUCUGACCCCGAGUUCUCUUACCCUCCGAUUUCAAAAGCGCACAUUAAGCCAGACAAAGGAGAGUCCCGAUUGAAAAGACCACGGGGGCGACCUCCUAAAGUCAGCAGAGAGCACAGCAGCAACAUAUAUGACAAUCCAAAGAAAAACAAACAUGCACCUCGUGGCACUCACCUGUGGGAAUUCAUCAGAGACAUUCUGAUCCACCCAGAAAAGAAUCAGGGUCUAAUGAAAUGGGAGGACCGCCGUGAGGGUGUCUUUAAGUUCCUCAAAUCUGAGGCUGUGGCUCAGAUGUGGGGCCAGAAGAAGAAAAACAGCAGCAUGACUUAUGAAAAGCUCAGCCGUGCAAUGAGGUAUUACUAUAAGAGGGAGAUUCUGGAGCGAGUCGAUGGCCGGAGGCUUGUAUACAAGUUUGGAAAAAACUCCAGUGGCUGGAAGAUUGAGGAGAUUGGUAUGGCUAUGUAAGACAUUAGUCACUAAGUGGGUAAGAACUGAAAAGCCAGUCAGAGCAGUAGUUCAGGAACUAUAAAUGCCUAACCAUGUUGCCUGUCUGAAAAAAUCCUUGCUGCCCCAAAUGUUUAAGACACUAACUUCCUCUAAAAGGAAGGUGUUACAGAAAAUGUAAGCCAGUGUUUAUGGCUCUAGUAGGUUUUAUGAACCAAUAUGAUGUUUCACAUGUUUUUAAAUUGUUUUAGAUACUUGUGAGUGCAAGUACCUACAGUAAAGGCUGAAAAAGCAAACCUCUUACAGAUGAACAGAUUUUACUCUGGUAUUUACUUGUUUUUGUUGAUGCAGGACUCUCAUCUUCAUUUGUUGCUACUGUAGCACUAUAAACAUCUUUUUUGUUUUUUUUUUCCCAUGUAAAAAACAUUGUGUGUCUUAGUGUAGGAUAAGUUUGGAAAAACAAAAAAACUCGGCGAGAAAUAAAUGUAGGUGAAGUUGCUUCACAUUAACAAAGUAAAGAUGUGCACUACAUGUCUUUUGGUAUCACUUAUUAUAAAGUGUGUUUACACAAUGUUUGAGUAAAGAGUAGUUCAUAAGUGUCUGUAUUUGAACAUGACUGGUUGAUGUGAAUCAGUCAAACAUUUGUUGCAGUUUGUGUGAUUGUUUUAAUGUAAUCACCUAUCUCUGGAUUGAUGAGGGGAGUAAAUCUUAUGUCAAUCAUUAUGUGAAUUAUGUGAAUUGUUUUUAUGGCUUUUUGUAUAAAUAAAUUUGGACAUGUAACCACC